AUGGCUCCCUCACCGGCUCCCCACGAGAGGCCCUCACUCUCGUCAGAUCUCGCCCCUACCCCGACGAAACUACCAGCAGUAGUAGCGCCCCUUUCAUCGGCCGUCACAGCAGCUCACGGCAGUGUCUCCCCAUCUGCACCCAAGACGGCCACACCCACACAGCGAACUGGCAGCAGCAGCCCGAAGAACGCACCAGGCCUCACUGUCACAUCUCCUCACACUUCACGCAGCACACGCCUCCCCAAUGGCCCUCCCAAAAUCGUUGUCAAGAAAGAGCCCGGCUCUCCCUCCAUGCCUAUCUCACGGCCGAGACCUUCGAGGCUUGACCUGUCCAAGAACAAGAAUGUCAGCAACGCUGGAAACCCCGCCUCUGCCCGACCCAUGACUGCUCGCGAGCCCCUGGGUAUUCAAGAAAUGGGCAUUCACUGUCUGUCGCCCGGCUUUGUUACCGACGACCCUCACAUGAAGGACCAUAUCCAGCGAAGCAUGUCCGUCCGAGAACAGCAGCGCCACAUCAUCGAGGCACGGCUGCAUCAGCAAUCUUCAAAGGGCGACAGCUCCGCGGACAGAGAUACUUCCGGCUUCGCUGCUAAGACACCAGGCAUGUCGCGAAGGAACAAGGCACCCCCGGGCCUGUCUAUUGUCGCUCCAUCACACAAGCAGUUCGCCAACGAGAGGGUGAUUCAGUCUGCUCCCCUCGGCCAGAGUUUUACUGGCCGCAACAACCCAACCCCUUACAGCCGACACCUAGCAAACCAGCCUUCGGCUCUAUCCAGCACCUCGCAUAUUCACCAUAUUCCCGCAAAUCAGACUGACAACCGUCUGCCUCCAAUCAGUGAUGUAUUCGGACAGGGCCUCUCUGGACACCACGAUAACACUCCUGCAUCUCUAUACCCCAACAGCGCUCGCGCACCCCCUGCCUCUCCUGGGCCUCCUCCACCACCCGGUCCUCCCUCCUCGCGUCCCCGGGAAUACAAAUCUGCCGAGGAGGCUCAACACGAACUGGCUGGCGGACGACCAGAACUUCUGCCAAAGUUGGUGCACUACGGCGGACACCAACCCCCAACUCCUCCCUCACCUGCGCCUGGCAGUCGCAUUGCUGAAGCCAGCCGAAGCGCUUCGAAACGACGGACUAGGGCUGAGUACGAAGAGGGCGGCAGCCCACCCCUCGGCUAUGGACCAAGCUCCGCGAGGAGAGGUCCAUUUGGUGCCGGCCGAGACUCUCCAGAAACACAACGCCAAAAGAGGGAGGAAUUCCUCAAGUUGUGCGAGAGAGCGUGGGACCUGUUUCAUUCCUGA